UAUAUCACUCUGUUACAUCAUAUGUAAUAUUUUUAUUUCGACCAGUCAGGCGAGCACCGCUGGUAUGCUACCACAACGGCUACCACGCACGGACGCUCCGUUUCCACUGUUCCCACGCACACUGUAGAACCAGAGUGAAUAAAUAGAGUGACGCAGAGUCUGAAACCAGAAAAACCAAACGAACACUGCAAAGUCGGGUGUUUUCGUCAAUGAAAUAGUCUGCUGGGAGGCAACAAAAAUCCAUCCACUGUUGGUGGAUACAUAAAAAAAACCGUGUUGCUGUUUUGACUGAAUUUCUCUCUGCGUCACUCUAUCUAUUCACUCUGUGUAGAACUAGUGUAGGUUUCGUAUAGGAUAGAAACGUCAACAUAAAUCAUUCUACAUCGUCCGCCAAAGAGUCAACAACUAAAAUAAAAACCUGAAAGUGAAAGUGAAAAUUGUUAAAGUCAAAAUAUAUUUUUUUUAGUUUACAAUAAACCCGCAAGAUGAAAUAGCAACAACUUCAUCAGCUAUCGAAAACCCAAUGAGUCAUAUACCCAAGCAUAAUGUUGCUGUUUUUGGUGUGUCUUCUGAUUUGAAUGAUAUUAAUUUACCAACCGAUCUGGAUAUCUUGAGAUAUUAUUUUUUCUUUAGCGAACGUGCAAAAACAGAACAAAAAAAGUUUUCUUAUAAACAAUUCGCUAAUCACGCAACAGAUAGGUUGGUUGGAAUUUGGGAAAAACUUGGUAUGGAAAUAAUUUCAAAAAAAUAUGUUGCUGUUAAAUUGAAUAGAUUGGUUGACAAAUACCAAGCCGAAAUUAAGAAGACGAAUAGAGACCUUUCAGUGUUUACCGGUACUCUGAACGAAAUUUUUUAUAUUGGAGCAUGUAAAUGCGAUUUGACGGCAGCUCAAUGUAACUGCGGUUUGGUUCCAGAACGCCUCAAAGAGUUUAUGCACGAUCAACAUAAACAGAGAAGACUAACAAUCGAUGCAUUUCUGAUGGAAAUUGAAGAGCAAGGGACAUCGUCAUCAAUGCCAACAUACGAAGAUCCCGAUGAUACAACAUGCGUAGACGUACCGAUGACGGUUGAUGAAGAUGUUAUGAAUAGAAGCACAAGUUCACAAUACACAGAAAGAUACGAUUGUUUUAACUUUGCCUUGAUGUGUGACAGAUUUGAUGUGUCUGAUAGAGUAGCGUCAGCAUUGGCAACCAGUCUUUUCAAAGAUUUUGAAAUGAAAGAUCAGCAUGGCGAACCUCUCAUCAUGGAUAAAUCGAAAGUUCGUAGUGAAAGAGAGAAAUGCAGACGAAUAGUGCUCCGCAAAAGGUUUGAUGAUUCCAGUUUAAUAGCGUUUUCAUCCGACGGCAGAAAAGAUGAUACUUAUACGAGAGAAAAAAUUGAUGGUAAGUAUCAUAGUAGGAUGGUAAAAGAACAUCACCUUGUUAUUUUGAGAGAACCGAAUUCUCGAUUGAUUGGUUACGCAAGACUGGCAGAGGAAAGUGCUGAAUACAAAACAACAAAAUUGAAUGAAUUUUUCAACGAUAAAAACAUAUCUCUGGAUGCAUUGAUUGGCAUAUGCACUGACGGUGAGCCAACAAACACUGACACACACGGUGGAAUUAUACGAAGAUUCGAAUUGAUGCUAAAAAGACCAUUGCAUUGGUUUGUUUGCCUUCUACACUUCAACGAACUUCCGUUUCGACAUUUGUUUGGGGUUUUGGAUAAAUCAUCCACCACUGGACCAACAUCAACAACCGGGAAACUAAGCAAGCAAAUUGAAAAUUCUGAAGCUCUUCCGGUGGUGAGCGACUUCCAGAGAAUUGCGUUGGAAAAUAUGCCUCCUGUUGCAGAACAGCACGAAUAUUCCACCGAUUCGCAGUACUUAUACGACAUGGCACAUGCAAUUUCUAAUGGCGUGGUUUCUGUGGAUCUGGCUAACAUAAAACCAGGGAAAAUUGUACAUUCUCGCUGGCUCACCAAGGCCGCUAGAUUAUUACGAUUAUAUGUGACAAUGAAAAAACCACCUAAAAAUUUAAGAGUUCUGGUUGAAUUUAUAAUUAAGGUUUAUGUGCCAAUGUAUUUUAAUAUCAAGUAUUACGGCUCUGUCGUGUACGGUAGUGUAUUAUUUUUCAAGUACAUUACUUGGGCACAAUUUCUGGAGCCAAAUUUACGCACUGUUGUCAAUCAUGUAAUUAAAAAUAAUCCAUAUUUUGCACAUUCGGAAAAUAUCUUGCUAUCAAUGUUGUUUGAUGAUAGGAAAGAGGUGCGCGACUCUGCUAUCAAGAAAAUUUUACGAUAUCGAGACAAUGUUGAAGACCCAUCGGAACUUAGAGAAUAUAAAAAACCAGAUAUAAACUUCCAUUGCUUCGAUUACACGACAAUGAUCGAUUUGACUGAUAAAAAUAACGUAUUUGAACCACCAUUCACGCGAAUCAUUCCGUAUGAAACAUUGAUAGCAUAUUUAAAUGAAGAUGAUUCACCAUUUACUGAUCCGCAUAUUCCAUUACAUAUACAAGGAACGGAACAACACGUUCAACUGCUAGCUAGCGUUUCCAAACGAGUAAUAUCUGAAAAUGUAGAGGCUGUUAUGGAGGCGACAUUAGAGAGCCGUGCGAAAUUGCCCAGAAAAGACUUCAAACAAUAAUUUUUUAGUUUCUUUCCUAUGUUCUGAUCGAAUAAAUUUUUAAAGAGAAAACAAAAAUCCAAAAACAAAAGAAAACAUUUUUCUCCUAGAAACUUCAUUUGUGCGGAAAAAUAAUAGCCAUUUCACUGAUUUUUGUCAUAUAAAGUGCCAAAAAUGGUGAUUUUUUGAUAUUUUUUGAUAUUUUUGUAUGGGAGACCCCCUAGGGGGGUCCCAGGGGGGUAACACUAGCAUGGGUGGGUCAGCCCUCCAAAGUUAGUGGGGGUCAGUCAUACAUUUGGACUCGAUUGGGUCACUCUAAAUGGGUCAAAACAGGAUUUUAUGAAAUUUGACCUUUUGGGUACCUACACGUUAGUACAAGGGACAUCAGAAUUCAUUUUAGAAGUAUGGUUUCUUGAGAAAAGUAUCUUAUUUUGAUCCCUAAAAUCCGAAAAUCAGCGAGCCUGAGCGAUUUUUAAAUCGACCCACCCUAAAUUAUAUAU